CCCCACGCGACGGGCCAGUGGUAGUUUCUCCUCUACAACGGUCAGUCGUAGCCUCGCCUCCGCCACGACGAGUCAGUGAUAUAUAUAGCCUAGUCUUCUCGAGGACGGUCAGUGGUCGCCUCGUCCUCUCCUCGACAGGCCAGUGGUAGCCUCGUCUUCUCCACGACGGGCAAGUGGUAGCCUCGUCUUCUCCACGACGGGCCAGUGGUAGCUUCGUCUUCUCCACGACGGGCAAGUGGUAGCCUCGUCUUCUCCACAACGGGCCAGUGGUAGCCUCGUCUUCUCCACGACGGGCCAGUGGUAGCCUCGUCUUCUCCACGACGGGCCAGUGGUAGCCUCGUCUUCUCCACGACGGGCCAGUGGUAGCCUCGUCUUCUCCACGACGGGCAAGUGGUAGCCUCGUCUCCUCCACGACGGGCCAGUGGUAGCCUCGUCUCCUCCACGACGGGCCAGUGGUAGCCUCGUCUCCUCCACGACGGGCAAGUGGUAGCCUCGUCUCCUCCACGACGGGCCAGUGGUAGCCUCGUCUCCUCCACGACGGGCCAGUGGUAGCCUCGUCUCCUCCACGACGGGCCAGUGGUAGCCUCGUCUCCUCCACGACGGGCCAGUGGUAGCCUCGUCUCCUCCACGACGGGCCAGUGGUAGCCUCGUCUCCUCCACGACGGGCCAGUGGUAGCCUCGUCCCUCCUUCGAAAAAAAUGAAACAUCGAACUAGCUCGUCUCGCUAGAACUGCUACUUAAUGAACCUGAAUUGUGAACGACUCUCAUUCGCUCAAAAAUGUUGUUAGUAGCCUAAUUAAAAUGAUUAAUACCCGUGCUGAAUCCAAAUUGUGUAAGUCAUUUCAUUGUGCAUUCACCAAAUGUAGCCAGUCUUCAGGCGGACAUUUGUACUGCACCUGUGCUACAGAAGCCAAUACAGAAUAAAUUAUACAAGAUAAAAUAAUAUAUGUGUGACAUUAAUUAGCAUCAUGUGUUUGUUACGACAGCUAUUGUUUUGUGUUGUGUGUGCGUGUGUUUGGCAGUGUGUUCUUGGAAGCAGCAUUGCCAAUUCCAAACUUAUAACUCGUCUGGUGCACUCCAACGUAAAUAUUAGAAGACAUCAACCGUCCCAAUUAUAUUUAGUGCGGAAUUACUUAAAUUCUCUUCAAAAAUCGAAUAUUUAUAACAAACGAACUAAAACAAACCCGAAGCAAGAAACUGGAGUUAUUAACCACCAUCAUUUCUCGAAUAGUGCUGACGAAACCCGAACAUUGACCGGGGUCCCAGAAGCUGUUCUUGCGGCACCGGUGCAGGGGAAUCAUGCGAGGACGCGAGGCUCCAGAACCCCACCAGCAGCUGCUGGUAUUCACAUCGACACUUCUCACCGCCCUACGCAUCCUUCUACCGCCACCACGGUCAAGACUCUUGUGACUGAAGCUCAGGUAGAUUUGGCCAAACGAAAGGAGUUGCCUGACGCUCAGGUAGACUUGGCAGGACGGCAGGAAUUGCCUGUCGCUCAGGUAGACUUGGCAGGACGGCAGGAAGUGCCUGACGCUCAGGUAGACUUGGCAGGACGGCAGGAAUUGCCUGUCGCUCAGGUAGACUUGGCAGGACGGCAGGAAGUGCCUGACGCUCAGGUAGACUUGGCAGGACGGCAGGAAGUGCCUGACGCUCAGGUAGACUUGGCAGGACGGCAGGAAGUGCCUGUCGCUCAGGUAGACUUGGCAGGACGACAGGAACUGCCUGACGCUCAGGUAGACAUAGUCAAACGACAGGACGUUCCCGACGGUCAGGUAGACUUGGUGAAACGACAGGAACUGCCUGAGGCUCAGGUAGACGUAACGAGAAAGGGACUGGAAUCGCUCACAACUGUUCUACCAGCUCCUUUGUCACAUGAAUUAAUGAUGAAUUAUGAUGAGGAGAUGGGUGGUGAGGAUGAGGUUGACUUUCUCCAAGGCACGGCACCGCCCUAUGUAUGUGACCUCUGCCCCACCACCGUGGACAACAAGAACCCUCUUUCACCCUGCAAGUGUGUGGGUAACUCCGGGAGUCUGGCGGGAGAGAUCAGCAUCACGUGCCCCGCCACCACCGCCACUACAGAGCAGCUUCAUGACCUCUUCACUCACACUGACUUCCUCACAAACAAAGUCUUCAGAUUCACGCUUCAGGGAUCGAACGUGACUGGGGUGCUGAGUCAGGACCUGUGGGGCGACCUAGUCUUUACUCAGGUACUCAUCACUUCCAACAAGUUCACUCAAGUCGACAACAAGGCCUUCAAUAACUCUGCCAACACACUCACUCUACUCAACCUUGACAACAACCAGAUCACUUACUACGUCACGUCGGGCGUGGACGACCUGCCCAAGUUGACGACGCUGGUGCUCAAGAGGAACCGCAUCCCCAUCGUCUUCACCAACGCCUUCAACUACUCCUCCCUCCGGGUCCUCGACCUCUCCAGUAACCUUAUAGACACCAUUGGGAAGAACGCCUUUGCAGAGCUGAAUAAGCUGGAGGAGCUGCACCUUCAGAGGAACCUCCUCACAAGGAUCGACGAUGAUUGCUUCAGGUUCUUCAAUCACAUCCCUUUCACCAACUUCCUCAUCAUCGACCUCUCCUACAACAAGAUCUCCUACAUCAGCGAAUACGCCUUCCGCGGACUACGGAACGUGCAGAUCAACUUGCAGUACAACCUCUUGACCACCAUCUCUGAGAAGGUCUUCCACCCCAUCAUCUUGGACAGCCUCUACUUCGUCUACUUCACCUUCGAAGGCAACAACAUCGUCUGCGACUGCAAGAUCAUGUGGGUAGUGGAGGACUCGGCCGUCAUGAGCUGCUUCGACAACUUCAUGUGUGUCAAUAUGGACGCCCCGGUCUACUCCCUCGAGCCGGCAGACCUCGGCAACUGCUCCAGCAACGCCCACCACUGAUAUAUGCCGCCUUCUCGGGGGGCUUCUUGGUGUACUGCCUUCUCGGGGGGUUUCUUGGUGCGCUGUCUUCCGGUUCUUGGUGCAACAGCCUUACGGUUCCCGGAGCAGUGUCUUCGGUUCCUGGUGCUGCCUUCCGGUUUAUGGUGUUCAAAUUCUGACAUUGCACCGUUUGCUUUACACACACACACACACACACACACACACACACACACACACACACACACACACACACACACACACACACACACACACACACACACACACACACA